GCAGUGCAACCCGCCGACAUGGAGGAGUCGCCUGCUGCUGAGGACAAAAGACUGGGUUUCAUAGCGGACUGCGUGCUGAGAACUCUUAAACUGAAGCCGGAUAGAUGGGAAAGAUGCGUGUCGGACGAGGAAAGCUCCCAGGUGUUACAGGGCUUCCUGGACACAGCGGAGCAGGAGGCUCUGGUGGUGUCCAUGAGCACAGCUGGACUGCUGGAGCCCACCACCUCGUUUACUGCCAGCCCAAAAAGCAAGGCAGUGUACUUUAUGAAGAGAGACAAAGCAGCGCUGAGUCCAAGGUCCAUCAAAGAGAGCUUGGUCUACGGAGACCUGUCUUCCGCUCCACUGGACCAGUUUUCUGCUCUAGUUGGGGAGGUUGUGGCUCCACUGCUCUCCAACACGAUUAACCACAUCAAAUGGCCCCAAGUUGUGUCUCAGGACAUCAGGCAGCAUAUCCAUUCCCUCACCACCAGCCUGUUAGUUGUGUCUGGCCAAGUCCGAGGUAAAACCUUGCUUGCACUCCCUGCAGGCGUUGAGAAGGUUGAACAAAGUGCCCUGGAGGCAGACAAAGGCAGGGGAACAGUGGAUAAGGGUAUUAUCCACUCUUUGGAGUCCACAGUGAUCGAGUGGAGCCAUCAGAUCCACACUGUCCUCAAGAAAGACUCCUCUGAAGCUGUGCUGGGGGGAAAAAAUCCGACGCCUCACGCUGAGCUGCUCUUCUGGAAGAACAGAUAUGCAGAUUUGGAGUGCCUCCACUAUCAGUUGAACUCCUGUAAAGUGAAACAGAUAAAGGCAUGGCUGGAGGCCGUGGAAAGCAGCUAUUAUCCUGCUUUUAUGAACAUGCAGCGGGAAGUCCUCGCAGCUUUGGAGGAAGCGAAGGACGUUUGCGUCUACCUGACGCCCCUGCAGCGUCUGUUUGAGGAACUGGAAAACGUGGAGUUCCCUGAUGUCAAAGGUCAAAUUAAAGCUGUUAUGCACACAAUAUGCCUGGUGUGGACCAACUCCAAACAUUACAACACCCCGGGACGUCUCAUUGUCUUGCUGCAGGAGACCUGCAACCUCCUCGUACAGCAGGUUAACUCCGUCUAUCUCUUCAUCAUUUUUUUCUUGUGUGAGUGUUUACCACAAGAUUUGCAAGGCUAG